AUGUCCAGGCUUCAGCAGAUACGCCGGGAAUGGGCAAGUCUACAGUCAAACAUGCAAAAGUCGAUUGUGUUCACGUGUGAGCCUGUGGAGGAGCCGCUUCACGACGACGGAGAGAGAUCGAUGCGGCAAACGAACAAAGAAUGGUAUGAUUUGCAUGAGACAUUUCUGAGGCUGUUAAAAGAGAUGGAUGUCAGUUUCAACCUGCUGUCGUACUCCACCACGGCACUUGAUGAACGCGUCGGAAUUGUCCUGAAGAUCUGGGAAGGCCAAUUCAACGGAUGUAAUUAA